AUGAUUACCUGCCUCCUCUCACUGAUACGUAUUGAGAUGCUCCUCUUGGCAGUUUCUUGUAAGAGUUGGUAUAUCAUACCUGAAGAGGGCAGCAUUGCUGGAGGAACAUGGAUCACCAUUGUUUUUGAUGGCUUGGAGUGGAGUCUCCUCUAUCCCACCAAUGGCUCUCAGUUGGAAAUAAGUCUGGUGAAUGUGGAAAUUCCAUGGCUGCCACACGUCCCAUGUGAUGUCUCUCCUGUGUAUGAAGAUUUCUCUGCCUUAAGAUGCCAAACCAGGUCUUUGCAGUGGGAGACACAGGAAGGCCUGUACUAUCUGGAAGUUCGUUCUGGCGGGCAGGUGUUGAACAGUCUGAGUGAAGGUUCCUGGGAUAACCGUACUUUCAAGUUUUCCAAGACACAGACACCCAUUGUUUACCGAGUAAACCCACCUUCUGGAGCACCAGGAAACUUAAUUCAAGUCCAUGGCUGGAUUAUUACUGGAAGAACUGAAACCUUUGACAAUGAUGUUGAGUACAUUGAAAGCCCACUCACUCUUCAGGCCCAAGGAGGAGAAUGGAUUACACCAUGCUCUCUUGUGGACAGAGAGACAGGAAACAGGUAUCCAGUUGAGGAAGACCUUGGCUUUGGAGCCUUACAGUGCCGAGUGGAAGGCCACUACGUUGGUUCACAGAAUGUUAGCUUCUCCAUAUUUAACAAAGGAAAGUCAACUGUACACAAGGAUGCAUGGCUGAUCAGUGCCAAACAGGAGCUUUUCUUGUAUCAGACUUAUUCAGAAAUACUGUCUGUGUUUCCAGCAACUGGGAGCCUGGGUGGAGGAACAGAUAUCACCAUCACAGGAGACUUCUUUGAUUUUUCUGCUCAGGUUACUGUUGCAGGCAUUCCAUGUGAAAUCAAAUACAUUUCUCCGAGGAAGAUCGAGUGUACCACUAAGCCCCUGAAGCAGGGUACAAAGCUCGCAUCACCUCAGCCAGGCAAUCGAGGACUUCUCUUUGAAGCUGGAGAUGUUCAGGAGGGCCUAGAUCUCACCAAUACCACCCCUGGUUACAGAUGGCAGAUUGUUCCCAAUGCCAGUUCUCCAUUUGGAUUCUGGUCAGAGUUAGGGCAACACUUCAGAGCUCGGCUCAGUGGAUUCUUUGUUGCCCCAGAGACAAAUAACUACACUUUUUGGAUCCAGGCAGAUAGCCCAGCCUCUUUGUACUUCAGUCAAUCAGAAGAUCCAGGGACCAAGGUGAAAGUAGCUUUCAUUGAGGCUGGCAUAGCUGACUGGUUUGAUUCCUGGGAGAUGAAUGGGCAUUUGGAGACCUGGCAACAGAAGUCCCUGAAGCUGGAAUUGUUGGGCGGGGCAAAGUACUACCUGGAAGCGGAACACUAUGGUGUAACUCCCAGUCAUGGGAUGAGCAUCGGGGUCCAGAUUCACAACACCUGGCUGAAUCCUGAUGUGGUCAACACCUACCAUCGGGAGAAACUCCAGAUCCGAGCCAAUGCUCAGAGGCUCCCAGAGAUACAGAUGCUGAAUGUGACUGGCACAGGAGAAUUUUGUCUUACCUGGGAUGGUGUCUCCAGCCAGCCAGUGACUGUAAAUGCCACGGCUGCUCAGAUCCAAACAGCUAUUGAGGAAAUGCUCACGGUAAAAUGCAGACUGGAGCCACUUUCAGCUCAAAUUCUUCUCCAUUUUGGAUUUGAACAAGGUCUACAGGAUUCUGGUCCCGAUGGGGACCUUAGCAGUGGGACAGAGCCCUUCUGUGGAAGGUUCAGCAUCCACCAGCCUCAAUAUCUUGUCAGAACAUCAGAAGUCAUGCGGAUGAGAUAUCAGCUUGGUCAAUAUACCCAUCUGUGCUUUGCAUAUAAAGGCCAUAUGAAUGAUACCAUGACCAUCUCAGUAUCCUUCACAAGUAAAUUUCAUAAGAUUGUAAAGAAGAGGAUUGCAUGUGGAUGGAAUCCAGAGCAGUUGAGGCCUGAAAGCUGGAAGUUUGUCUGUAAUGACAUCUGGGAGACAUGUGUGCGUCAUUCUGAGGGCCUCCACGAUCAUCUGGCCAACUCCCCUGUGCUGGUGCAACAGAUCGAUGUGUUUCCCCAAGUCCGCGAGAAGAGUCAGUUCUACAUAGAUGAAAUUAUUGUUGCAGAUAGAAAUUUAGCAGUUUCCCAAAUCAAUUCCAGAACAGCUCGGCCAGGGGGGAAGCUCAUCGAAUCCUUUUCUGUGACUGGAGUCCCACCAACCUACAACAUAACCCUAUGGCUGGCAGGCUGUGGCAGCGAACUUCCUCUCUUUCAGCCUUGCUACUUGCCACAAGAAGAAACAGAUGAAGACCUAAGAGGGGCCAGCGUGACAAUCCAGAGACUGCAAAGGACAAGCCCACCUUUAGGAGGAUAUUUUCAGAUCCAUCUUCCCAAGACAGUGAUAUCUGGUAUCCCCGUGCACAUUUCUGCCCACGACCUCCGUGAACUCUUACAGGGCAGCAGUGAUGACUUUGCAGCUCAGUUCUUUGAAGUCAGUGACUUCAAGGUGCAGGAAGAUCUAAGCACCUGUUACGAGCACGUGUGGACCCUCACCUGGAUAUCCCAAACAGGGGAUUUGCCCGAUAUCAUCAGUGUCUCUGCAGAAAACCUAACUGGUCUGAAUCCAGCUGUGAGCACUCAGGUAGUUUUUGAUGGUGGUGUUUUUCUUGGACCCAUAUUUGGAGAUAUGUUGGUUACUCCCAACACAUACCCUCAGGUCACUGUGAGAGUCAAUGACAUAUCUGCUCACUGUUUGGGUUCCUGCUCUUUCCAGUACCACCAAGAAUCAACCCCAUUAGUUCAAGCUGUCUGGUACUCUCAUGAUGACGACAUUAACCUGGUGGUCUGUAUCACGGGAUCUGGUUUUCCUGGUGACACUAAAGCUUUGAAGAUUGAGGUGAAUCAACAGAUCUGUGAAGUCACCUUCUCAAACCAAACUUACGUGACCUGCCAGAUGAGCUUCUUACCAAUUGGACAGUAUCAGGUUGUGAUGCUGGUAAGGCAUUUUGGCCUUGCACUCAAUGUCAGUGGAGGAGAGGGCAUCUACUUCAACAUUGAACCCAAGCUAGAAGUAGUGGAACCUUCUGUAGCUCCAGAGAUUGGAGGAUUUUGGGCCACUAUCCAAGGGACCAGUUUGGAAGAAGUAAGUCUGGUGUUAUUUGGGUCUGAACCUUGUCCCAUCAACAUCUCCUCCAGAAACAGGGAAAGAAUCCAAUGCAAAGUCCCGCCCUUGGGGAAUGGUAGUGGAAGGCUUGUGAAUGUGACCAUCAUCACCAGGAACCAGUCAUUAGCUUAUCCUGAGGCAUUCAAGUAUAUGCCUUCUUUAAAUCCAGUUAUCCUGUUCCUGAGCAGAAAUAGAAGCAACACAGCAGGAGAUCAGACACUUUUCAUUGGAACUACAUCGCUGGUAAAUUAUACAGACCUGGAUGUGAAAGUCCAUAUUCAGGACACCUUGGCUCAGAUCCUGAAGCAGGGACCUCAAGGUCUGGAGGUGGCACUACCCCCUUUGCCCACAGGGUGGCACAGCAUUUCAGUCACAAUGAAUGGUAUCAACAUCAGCUCAGAGGGGGUCGAUCUUCAAAUCCAGUAUAUUACCAAAGUCUUUCGGAUUGAGCCUUGUUGUGGGUCCCUUCUGGGUGGAACCACCCUUACUAUUUUUGGAAUUGGCUUCAGCAAGGAUCCAUCUCUAGUGUCAGUAUCAGUGGGCAACAAAACCUGUAGCAUUAUGAACUCAACUGAAGAGACCAUCUGGUGUGAGACAUCAUCAGCCCCUCACUUGCCUGAUAUAGAGCCUCAAACUGUGACGGUUCCUAUAGAAAUCUCAAUUGGCAAAAUCCGUGCCCCCCAUGAUCUCUCAUUUGACUUGAGAAAGAAGGACUUUACCUUUACAUACCAUAGAGCUUUGACUCCUUUUGUGACUGCCAUUCAAGGGCAAAUCAGAGAUGACAUCCUGGAGCUACAAGUGGAAGGAAAUAACAUAUCUAAAUCAAUUGUCCUUCUGGGGGACAUGAAAUGUGACCUUGAGUUACAAUCCUUCAGUUUCAAUAGAACUCAGUAUUUCUGUUCCUUAACACUAGCAAAUAUUGAAGCUGGGAUUUAUCCCAUCCAGGUUUUCCAGAAGGAUGUGGGAUUUGCAGACAUGUCUGCUGUGCCCCACAGUUUCACAGUGUCCCCCCAGGUUAUUGACAUCUUUCCCACCCAUGGAUCAGUGUGUGGAGGGACACUGCUUACUAUAGUGGGCCUGGCUUUCAAGUCCAGAAUGAGUUUAUUGCAGGUUGACCUCUCUGGAACUCAUACUUGUGCCAUCUGGAAUUGGGACGACCAGAUGAUCCUCUGCCAGGUUAGCCUUGCGGGGUACCUCCCUAAAGCAUCACUUGCUCUGAAUGUCACAAUCACUGCUAAUGGAAUAAGCAGUGAGUGCCAAGGAAACUGUAUGUUCUAUCUGCAGGAAGAGGCAACUCCUGUUAUGGACACUCUGACCACCAUUGUCAGCGGGACUUUGACCACCAUAUUGAUUGGUGGUCAAAAGUUAGGCACAGACCCUGAUGAGCUGGUGGUUUUGGUUGAUGACCAUCUUUCUUGUGAUAUAACCUUCUAUAAUGCAACUCAGGUAGAAUGUCAGUUGAGCGGCUUGGGCCCAGGUCUACAUCACUUCUCUCUUCUGAAUAAGAGAAGUGGCUUUGCUUGCCUACGCACCAUACCUCCAUAUUUCACUGUUGCUCCUCAGGUGCUCGGGUAUCACCCUCAGAAUUUCAGUGUCAAUGGUGGAGGCCUCUUGACCAUAGAAGGUACAACACUGAGAGGAAAGAAUACAACUUCAGUCCUGGUAGGGCACCAACCUUGCCUCACUGUGAAUAUUAGCUCUGUGCUCAUCCAGUGUAUUGUUCCUCCAGGAAAUGGGACAGUUGUCCUGGAAAUAGAAGUAGACGGGGACUUGUACGAUGUGGGGAUGAUUGGUUACAGCGAUGCCUUCACCCCAGCAUUACUUUUUAUUCUUCAAACUGAUGGUUUGAUUGUAACCUUCAUGGUGGCCCGAACCACUGGUGCUGAGAACAUGAAGAUCUUUAUUGGGGCAUCGCCAUGUAUAGGCAUCUUGGGUAACCACACAGUUUUACAAUGCUCAGUUUCUCAGCUUCCUGCUGGGCAAUAUCAAAUCAAAGGUCAUGACCAUCUCAGAGGCUGGGCUUCAUCGUCAUUGGUGUUCACCUCUAAAGUUACCAUUACGUCAAUCUAUAGUAACUUUGGCUGUCUGGGUGGAAGACUACUGCAUGUACGUGGAGCUGGAUUUUCUCCAGGGAACAUAUCUGCGACUGUCUGUGGUGUCCCCUGCCAAAUCUUAGACAAUGCUACGGUGACUGCCUUCAGCUGCCUGGUGCUGCCUCUGGAUGCAGAGUUCACUUUCAUCCAGACUCUGGUGAAGAAAGAAUAUAGCAAUAUGAUGGAAAGAUCAUUGACUAUGAACCCUAAAGUGGAAAGAGAUGAAGUUCUCAUCUAUAAUAGCUCCUGUAACAUUACCAUGGAAACUGAGGCAGAGAUGGAGUGUGAGGCACCUAAUCAGCCAAUUACCGCCAAGAUUACUGAGAUACGGAAAAACUGGGGCCAGAACACUCAGGGGGACUUUCCCCUUCAGGUCUGUCGUAGAUGGUCCAGGGCUCACAGCUGGAUUCCCCAAAGUUGGCCACAAGAUGGCGACAACGUCACAGUGGAGAGCGGCCAAACCUUGCUGCUUGACAUCACUACUAGCGUCCUCAGUAUGCUGCACAUUAAAGGUGGUAAGCUGAUGUUUACCGGCCCAGGACCCAUUGAACUCCAUGCUCACUGCAUCCUGGUGUCUCAUGGUGGUGAGCUCCACAUAGGAUCCCAGGAAGAACCUUACCAUGGCAAAGCUCUGAUCCAUCUCCAUGGGAGUUCUCCUUCCACUGCCUUCUUUCCAUAUGGAGCCAAAUUUCUUGCUGUGAGGAAUGGAACAUUGUCUCUCCAUGGCCUAAUGCCAGAGGUGAGCUUCACACAUCUACGGACUGCAGCUCAAGCCAAUGACACCAUGUUAGCCUUAGAGGAUCCUGUGGACUGGCAUCCUGGGGAAGAAGUCGUCAUUAGUGGAGUCACCUUGGAAGGCUCCCAAGGGCAAGAAGAAGUUGCCAUCAUAGACAGUGUGCAUGGUGCUGACCUCUAUCUUAAGUUGCCUUUGAGAUAUUCUCAUGGCUUUCUAAAACAUAAUAUAACUGGGCAUCACCUUGCUUUAAAGGCUACAGUGGCUCUACUCAGCAGGAAUAUUGCCAUCCAAGGAAAUCUCACCAGUGAGAGCAUGGCACAGCUUGGUCUGUGUACUAAAGCCAAGAUUCCGGAACAUGUUUUCCAGCACUGCUUGUAUUCGAGGAGUAAAAAGAAUCUUGGAUCAGUGGACCUGGGGGCUGUGGUUAUUGCACAGUCAUUCCCAGGAGAGCCCAGCCAGGUCCAACUGCAGGGAGUCCAAUUUUGGAACAUGGGACAAGGCUUUCAGAAACACCUGUGUGCACUAAAUGUGAUUGGGUCUAUGAAAGGUUCAUACAUACGGGGCUGUUCAGUGUGGGAUUCCUUCAGCAGAGGCCUCAGUCUGUCUAGGACUUCAAAUCUCAUUGUGGAGAAUAAUGUAUUCUACAACAUUUUAGGCCAUGGGCUACUAGUGGGGACUUACAUGGAAAUGAGACAUCUCCCUUGGAAGGCUGUCCCCAGAAGAAAAACUGAUUUCUCAGGACAGGGGAAUAUAGUAAGAAGCAAUGUGGUAAUUGGAGUUUUUGGAACUGAGGGUCUUUCUAGCAUUGAGGUGUUGUCACCAGCUGGCAUCUACAUCCAAGAUCCGACCAAUGUUAUAGAGAGAAACAUGGUGUGUGCUGCUGGAUAUGGUUAUUUCUUUCAUCUUGCAACCAAUGAGACUUCGAAAGCUCCUCUUCUCUCCUUCACUCAGAAUGUAGCCCAUUCCUGCACAAGGUAUGGUCUCUUGGUGUAUCCCAGGUUUGAACCACCCCGAGCAAAUGACACUGGUCCCACUUUGUUCCAGAACUUCACAGUUUGGGGAAGCCAAGGUGGUGUUCAGAUUUUCAGAAGUAGUAAUCUUCAGCUUAAGAAUUUCCAGAUUUAUCCAUGCAAAGAUUUUGGUAUUGACAUAUUGGAAAGUGAUGCAAAUUCUUCAAUUACUGACAGCUUAUUAUUUGGUCAUUGUGCCUCAGAGGGAAGUCCAUGUAUGUCAGUGGGAAUAAAAACCCCUAAGAGACAGGAAUUAUUGGUCUCCAAAACAACCUUUGUGAAUUUUGAUCGAAACAGCUGCAUCGCCAUAAGAACCUGCUCAAGCUGUUAUCGAGGACAAGGUGGAUUUACUGUGAAGACUGAACAACUGAAGUUUCUAAACUCUCCUAACCGAGUAGCCUUCCCAUUUCCUCAUGCCGCCAUUAUGGAAGACCUGGAUGGCUCUGUCUCUGGGAACAAGGGAAGUUACCUUCUUGCUUCUGCAGAAAAUCUGGCUUCUUCCUGUCAGGUCAACCAAAGCUUUGGUCAGACUGUCCAGGGCAGUGUUUGUGGCCCAGACAUAAUCUUUCAUCGCAUGUCUAUUGGCUUAGCUGAAGCACCAGAUAUUGCUUAUGAUUUAACGGUGAUUGACAGUAGGAAUCAGAGCACCACCAUCAACUUUGUGUAUGACACAUUGUCAAACCUAUAUGGUUGGAUGGCUCUGCUUCUGGAUCAAGACACCUACUCGCUGAGAUUUGAGGCUCCUUGGAUCAACAUCGCUCUUCAGUAUUCAGCAACAUUUGAUAAUUUUACUUCUGGAAAUUACCUGCUCGUGGUGCACAAAGACUUGCAGCCAUAUGCUGACAUCCUGGUGAUGUGUGGGACUAGAAUUGGCCAGUCCCUUCUAUCUCCUCCAUCUGCUACUCAUGAUAAGGCCUGUGAUUGGUUCUUCAACAGACAGUUGGGAGAGCUCACUUAUCUGGUUUCAGGUGAAGGCCAAGUUCAGCUUACCCUCCUGGUGAAGGAAGGAGUUAUUCCAACAACCCCAGUUCCAUCUGUUGUCCCUGAAUCCAUUUUAAAAUGGUCCCAUCCUACAACAUGGCGAGAUGUUGAAGAGGGCUGGGGUGGAUACAAUCACACGACCCCAGCACCAGGCGACGAUGUUGUGAUCUUACCCAACAAGACCAUCCUUGUAGACACCGACCUCCCUUUUCUCAAAGGCCUCUAUAUUCUGGGAACCCUAGAAUUUCCUGUGAACCGGAGCAAUGUUUUAAGUGUAGCUUGUAUUAUUGUUGCAGGUGGCGAGCUGAAAGUCGGGACUUUUUCUGAGCCCUUACAGAAAGGCCAAACACUUCUGAUCCAGCUUCAAGCCUCUGAGGGAGUCUACUGUGACCGUUUGGAUGGGAUUAACAUUGCUCCAGGAACUAUUGGGGUUUAUGGGAAGGUACAGCUUCAUAGUGCAUACCCUAGGAAGGCCUGGACACAUCUUGCAGCUGAUAUUGCAUCAGGAAAUGAGAGGAUUCUAGUGGAAGAUGCAGUAGACUGGAGACCACAAGACAAAAUUGUAUUGAGUUCUUCUUCUUAUGAACCUCAUGAAGCAGAAAUCCUCAUUGUAAAGGAAGUCAUGGGUAAAAACAUUAGAAUCCAUGAGUUCCUCAGCCACCGACACCUUGGAAGUUCCCAUUCAAUGGAAGACGGCAGACACAUUUCUCUGGCUGCUGAGGUGGGCCUCCUGACUCGAAAUAUAAAAAUCCAGCCUGAUGUUCCAUGUGGUGGAAGAAUGAUUGUGGGGUCCUUUCAAAAACCUAAUGGAGAAGAAUUUUCAGGUACCCUUCAGCUUUCAAAUGUGGAAAUCCAGAACUUUGGGUCUUUGCUGUAUCCAUCUAUUGAAUUUAAUAAUGUAUAUUUGGGAUCCUGUAUCAUCUCUUCUACUGUGCACCAGAGCUGUGGAGGUGGUAUUCAUGUAUAUUCCAGCAAAAGUAUCUUCUUAUAUGAUAAUAUAUUGUUUGAUACCAUUGGCCAUGGUAUUGAUCUAGAGGGUCAAAACCACUCUCUCAUCAAGAACCUCAUUGUCCUGACCAAGCAGCCACAAAAAGCAAAGGACUGGGUGACAGGAAUCAAGUUGAACCAGGCAAAUGAUGUCAACCUCACUGGGAAUGCUGUAGCAGGAUCAGAGAGAAUUGGCUUCCAUGUCAGGGGCCAUAGCUGUUCGAUGACUGAAAAUCCCUGGGUUGGAAAUGUGGUCCAUUCGAGCCUUCAUGGACUCCAUCUGUAUAAGGGAGAUGGACUACACAACUGUACUGGUAUCUCCGGGUUCCUUUCAUACAAGAACUUUGAUUAUGGGGCCAUGUUCCAUGUGGAAAACAACUUGGAGAUCGAUAAUGUGACCCUGGUGGACAACGUUGUUGGUCUUCUUGCAUUAGUAUAUACAUCCUCUGCUGAACAGUGUUCUUUGGAGAAGAAACAGAUAGUUCUCAGGAAUUCAAUCAUUGUGGCCACUAGCUCUUCUUUUGACUGCAUAGAAGACAGAAUUAAACCUCUUUCUGCUGACUUCACAUCAAGGGAUCGAGCCCCAAGUAAUCCCAAAGCCGGUCGGGUCGGUAUAUUGUGGCCUGGUUUCACUGUGGAACCGAACCAAUGGCCUCAAGAUGCAUGGCACAAAGUGAGGAAUUAUCCUUCUGUCUCAGGGAUCAUGAAGCUUGAUGGAGUCACCUUUUCUGACUUUGUGAAGAGCUGCUAUAGCAAUGACCUGGAUGUCUGCAUUCUGCCCAAUCCUGAUAGCACUGGCAUCAUGCCCCCAGUCAUUGCAGAGAGGACGAGGACGCUCAAGGUCAAAGAUCAGAACAAGUUCUACUUCUCCUUGCCUAGGCUCAGGAAGGAAACAGGGAAAAUGGUCUGUCCUGAAUUGGACUGUGAAAGUCCAAUAAAGUAUCUCUUCAAAGACCUAGAUGGCAGUGCCCUGGAUCUGCCACCACCAAUUUCUGUUUUUCCAAAACCUGAGUCAGAAUGGGUUGAAUCCUGCUUCAACACAGGUAUAUUUAAAGAUGACCAAAAAUGCACCUAUAGACCAUUGAUGCAAAGCUAUGUCUGCAAACAGAUGGACUAUGCACUUCUGGUCCUUGACAGCAUCACCAUUGCUCCAGGGAGGAAAAAUCCAUCUCCAGUGAUUUCAUUGACAAAUGGCUUUGUGGGAACCUUCAGUAGUGUAGCUGCCCACCCCUCCUGCUCUUCCUCUUUAUCUGUACCGGCUUUCUAUUCUGUUCUGCCAACCAACUCACUCACCAAAAUUUGCUUUGUGAAUUGGACUCCCCAAUCCAUGCGUUUUUAUCUCAUUGGGAGUGAAAGGUCCUCCAAACUUCUGGCUGUGUUCUACCCUGAGAUUCAGAGCCCCCGGGUUUUCUUUCGUGGACAUUUCAUCCCACCCACUCCAGUUCUAUCAGACUCUUGGCCAGAGAGUGGGGCUAUUGGUACCAACCAUUUCAGUUUCAUGGAUAAUCUCUUGUAUCUCCUCCUGCAAGGGGAUGAGCCUGUUGAAGUGUAUUCUGCAGUUUCUAUCCAUGUAGCCUUCACAGUAACAUUAUCAAUCACACUGGAAGGCUGGGAAGCAGCCAUUCAGCAAAGAUUGGCUCAUUUCUUACAGAUUGGCCAAGACUAUAUCAGAAUUGUUCAUGUAAUGCCAGGUGGUGAAUGGACCUUAAAGGUCAUUGCUGAUGGUGUGGCCAAAAGGAAGCACCACUGCCGCACUGGGCCCCUUUGUACUAGUUGUCAUAGACUGGGUCAGCACAGAAGGUUCAUGAAGAAAAAGAAAACAUGGGUCCCACCACCAACUUAUUCAGAAACCAAUUCAAAAGUGAUGGUCACUGAAAUUGGUGAUCUGUCAGCUAUAGGCAGUACCAAAGUGGCUCCCUCUUUAUCCACUGAUGCAUUGCAACAUUUGGCUUACCGGAUUAUCACUGCUCAACAGACAGGGGAGUUGCAGGAAGCCCUAGAUAUGCCAAUUGAGGCCCUUCUGAUCAGUCAGUCAACUGGAGGAGAUACUUCUGGAAAUUCAAGCAGUCUUGAUACUGGUGGUUUGGUAUAUAUACGACCAUACACCCUUUCAGUCCAAGUUCAGCCAUCCGAUGGAGAAGUGGGAAUAGAGCUUCCAGUGCAACCACAACUUGUCUUUCUGGAUAAACAGGGUUGGGUAGUAGAAUCAUUAGGACCUCCCUCAGAGCCUUGGAUUGUGGCCGUUUGUCUGGAGGGGGCAUCAGAAACUGUAUUGAAAGGGCACACCCAUUCAGAAGCUCACCAAGGCCGAGUCAGCUUCUCCAAUCUGGCCAUCUCAAGCUCCGGUUCAAGGUGGUACUUUCUUUUCACUGUGACAUCUCCACCAGGUGCCAAUUUUACAGUUCGAUCUGAGCCAUUUGCAGUGUUUCCUGUUAACAUGGGAGAGAAAUCUACCAUCCUUAUGGCUCUUAUUUUGUGUUCAGCUUCUUCAUGGGUUGCUUUGUGCUUUCUUGUAUUCUGUUGGUUUAAGAAAAGAAAAAUCAAAAAAACAAGAACUGACAAGACUCCUGAAGCUCAGGAAGAUGACAAAAAGAAAAAUCCUCAGUUUAUAACCCAACAUCGUACACAUCACGCGAGGCUUCAAGGAAGACUGGAAGAGACUGAAAAAGAGGCCACUGUGAUACAAGAAUAUAUGAGACAGAAGGUCAUGCCAGGCAAGCUGAACCAGCUGCCUUAUCAACAGUCGCUGAACGGAUUAUCAAGAAGAACAGUCCGGUCUGUGCACAGAGAGGCAGCAAAAGGGGAAGAAGGCAUUGCCCCAAAGGGUGACAUUGCUCACCUUCCAUCCCAAGACCACAUCCUCACAAGUAGCGCUCCUGCUCAGCCAGCAGCUAUCCAGGAAGUCAGGAAUUGGAAAGAUGCUCAAGCACAGCUAUUUGGGUGUCAACUAGGAGAACAAGAUCAGUUACUGGUGCUCUAUCCCAGCUUCGAUCAAGAGGGGCAAAGGCUACAGGAGCAGAGACACGCUAGCAAAAACAAUGGCGACUUGGGCCCCUACUGGGAGGGGAAAUCUUCCCAAGAAGACUCAGAGGCCUUCCACCCACAUUUGCUGCAGCAGGCACCUAUUCAGGGACAGUUGUGAUCAGACAGAAGCCGGACCAUUUGAGUUUUAAAAUAAAAAUGUUGGCAAAUUCUCCAGAGUUAGAUCAGGGACAGAGGAAAUCUAACAUAUGAGAGGAUCCUGGAAGGGAACAAUAAGACUCAUGAAUUAUUUUUUGUAUAUGUGUGCUUUAAAAUGGAAAGCAGGGAAUGUCUUAAAUAGUUCCAUAGCUUUUCUUCUAUUUCACCAUGGCCUAACCCAUACUCAACACAGUUAUGGGCAUAUAAUGGGUACAAUAAAUACUCAGUUGAUUGAUGGACAGAUAAUAUAUGAUCCCAGCAAGAAAGAAUGAACAUUUCAUCCAAGACAUCAACAAACACUUAUUAAAUGCCUACUAUAUGUCAUAAAAUUGGAGUAAUGUUGAUUUAUGUCAGAAGGGAUUUCUG